UAUGGAUUUUCAUAGAAAGUAUAAAGCCGGAGUGGAUAUUGCAGCGGUACCUUACUAACAAGGAUCUUGUCAGCAAUGCAUUUGAAAAUCAUGAGUGCGUUGUUGGUCGUCGUCUUUGUUCUCUUGUCUGAAACUGACGCUUGGUGGGUGUUCGGGGGUGGGAGUAGCAGCCAAUGCCCAAGUAGAGGUGGGGCAAGCCCAUACUACUUUGGUACCACGAACCUGUUUUGUAUGGCAGGCAAAAGAGGUGCGCCUGCAAGAGGAACCUGGGCGUUAUCCCAUCGGUUUAUCUACUACAAAGGGUACUAUUUUGAAUUCCUUAGUAUUUCAAAGGCCUCCAUAUCAACGCAGCGCCAGGCUGCAGGUAGAUGUUCUGGUGGCCGAGAAAGCUCGCCGGCUGGGUACAGUGAAUUGAGUCUCGAAUGUAUCAAAGGGUGUGCCAAGAACUAUAGGUGUCACUUUGGAACCUACAGUCUUCUGGGCAACAACUGCCACAAAUUUGCCAAUCGGCUCUCCGAGGUCCUCUGUACCAGAGGCACAAGUUGUCCUUCCUGGUGCCAGGGUAGCUGUAACGACGCCGUGUAUGGCUAGAUCAUGAUUUACGGUGCUGUUAAACAAUAAAGCAGAGUUUUAAAGCAGUCA